AUGUCGUCUAAGAAGAAGAAACAAUCGAAAGACAAGCACAAGCUCGGCGAAUCUACUGACGAUCCAGUACAGAACCAAGACGUACCUGGAAACCCACAAACCAAGACUUUUCAAGGUAGCCACACUCACUCAACUGCAAUCGCCGAAAUAAGCAGCGAAACGUCUUACCAAAAGCCAGCACUUCCUGUUAGCCCUUUCAAUACCAGCCAUGUGGUGACUUCUGAUGUGCCUGCUGCGUCAAACACUCCAGCGAAACUAUCCACCUUGGACAAAGAUGUAAAGCCACUACAUCAAUGCUCUCAGGAAGAGAUGCUCGAACUCUACUCUCUCGAAGAACUCAAAUUGGCCAGGGAGCACAAAACCGAGUACUACUCCACGUUAAAUCGUGUCGAACGAGAAUCGUGGUCAAAGGAAAUGAGGAAAAUCAUCAAGCUGAAAGAAAUGCAGGAUAAUAGUCUCCAAACUGCUUCUGGACAACCUUCUCAAAGCCAACACAACCUUGGUGCUCCACAGCUUAGCACCGAUGGCUCGCAAGACAUUUCUAUCCGCAGCUUACCAGAUGCGCACACGUCUGAUGUCGCAUUGGAUGGAUCUGCUCUUGGAAGUGGGACGGCACCUGGUCCGCCUUCAACUAUGGACAACUCUAAACAUACUGUUCCCGUGGCAGAGGCCGACUUGGUCGGCAAGGUUAUCGCUGCGAGACUGUUUCCGGAAAGCUUGCAAUCGAACCAUUUUCAGAUAAACCUCAACGGCCUAACGACUCUACAUCGUUACACAUUCUCCGAGCCUACUGAGUACCAAGAAUCACAAGAAGCAGAACAAUCAUCAGCAGCUGAGCCGGCAGCUGAUGACCACCCUCAGGAAGAGAAGAAGCAAAGGAAACUUCGCGCCAGAGGACGGAGACGGCUCUAUGCCCUGCUUCUCAAACAGCUAGAAGAAGCCGGUUUGUUUGUUGCAACUGAUUACAUGUCUCAAAUUGUGUCCACGACAAGACUUGAUGAUUACGAAGAAGAGUCUACCUACUCGAUUUCUUAUUUCGAUGAAGAUCAGUUUGAGGAUGAUGUGGGUCUCCCAUGUUUCACGUUGACUGUGUCAAAGCACCAAGAGCUCGAUGUGCAAGCCGCAGAUCAAUAUCUGCGAUAUGGUCGGCUGAAUCCUGGCACAGAUUACAGCACAAGAGAAAACGCACAACGAGCGGUAGGUGUAAUUGCGGAUGCCCUCAACAUCAUCUUCAGCAACCCUGCCAAUCAGAGCACUCUGCGCAUUGCGUCAAAGCCAGGGCAAGGUAAUAAUGUGACACGAGGAAAGGAGCCUACAGUCAGUCAUAUUGGCGCUCAAAAGUUCUAUCCUAUACCACAAAAUCCGACUUUGAGCGACCCCCGUAAAGGGCCGUCGCCUUGGACAAUCAAAUCCCCGAGCGUGGCACCAGGGCUCUACGCUGGUAUUGGCUACUUUCGAUCAGUACGACCGAGCAUUGGAAAAGGCUUCUUGCUCAACGUCAACGCCAUUACAGGCUGCUUUUACCAGAGUCUGCCGCUCAAGCAACUGAUUGACACAUUCUGUCAAACAUCGCAUUCUCGCUCUUUACCGAGCUGGAAGGAAGUCGAGGAAUUUAUCUCCGGCCUUCGCGUUCAAACCAAAUACGUGGUAAGAAGCGCACAGUCUGGAAUUGAAACACCAAGAAGGCAACCUGCUCGAGAGCGCAUCUACACUAUCUCUGGUCUUCCCAGGGAGGCUAACAACCCAGGCCAAAUCAUUGGAGCCCGCAACCCAGGCCCAGUUCCUAGAGAUGUGCAGUUCAAGAUGAGAAACAGCAAAGGUGAAGAGAUCAUGACAAACGUUUUUGAUUACUGGAAACCUCGUAGGGACUCUUCCGUAACUUUGGCGAACCAACUGACAUAUUCACUAGGAAAACUGCUGUCGGACGACGAGGUCAUUGUGCGUGUCGGCAAAGAUGAGCGAGCCAUGUAUUUUCCUGCAAGUGAACUAGAAGUUCUGCCUGGUCAGGAGCGCAAAGGAAAGCUUGACAUGGUUUUCGAGUCAUGUCGAUCUCCGAGCAUAAAUUUUGACUACGUUCAGAAUGAUGCAAGGAAUGUGCUUGGGCUUGGGUCACUCGGUGACCACUUCGAAGCCACAGCAGAAACAUCUCUCACCAAGGUCGACGCUCACUUACUCAAGCAGCCGAAUCCAGUGUUUCACAAUGAUAAACUACCAAAGAUAAUCGUGGAUGCCCUCAAGAAGAAGGGCCCAGUAAGCAAGGCCUUCUGGAACCUUAUGGAUGUUCAAUUCCGGACCGCGGAAAAGGACAUCCGAUGGGCUUCCAUACAUGUUGGGGAGACGAGCUUCAAUUUCCGUCAGUUUGAUUCAGUCAACAGCAUGAUCAAGACCAAACUCCCAGCCUAUGGCAUGAAGGGAGCAGAAUGUGGGGACAGUAGAGGUCUGGCUUCUGAAGACCAAGGCAAGUGGCACAACUUCUACCGAGUCAAUCUAGCCACAAAUCAAGUCGAGACACAUCUGACCACCAUGCUUAAGAAUGCACGAGAGACCGACGAUGCUGCACAAGAUGCCAUGAUCUACGCCAUGAUCAAGCGUAUUGCAGAUAUUGAGAUCGGAAUCCCGACUAUAUGUAUCUCUUCCAAAAACAGAAGCCUCAACCCUAGGAAUGCUGCCAACAAGAUUCCGGAGAUGGAGAGCCUCGUUGGCAACUCGAUGCUGAAGCUCAAUGUGAAGGUCCAUGAGGCUAAUGUCAACCACUCAAUCAGCAGUCUUGGAGCGGACCAAAAUAGACCAAAGCUAUUGAGCAAGCGAACUAUGAUUGUCGGCUUGGAUGUGACUCAUGCCGGAGCUGGUGCUAUGCAAGAAGCGCCCAGUAUAGCCGCCAUGGUCGUCAAUCGAAAUGGAGAUUUUGCUCAGUGGCCGGCUUGUUUGAAGCUAAACCCAGUGAUCGACGGGACCAAUAACCUGGGUCAGAAGUGCAGAAAGGCGAAUGAAAACGUCGAGGAUGCUGGUGAGAUGCUGAAAGACCGACUCCGUUGUUGGCGAAAGCAUAAUGAACAGCAAUGGCCCGAGCAUAUCAUUGUCUAUCGAGAUGGGUUGUCCGAGAGCCAAUUCGAAAAUUGCAAGAACGGCGAAAUUCAGAAAAUGCGAAGUGCGCUCUACAGAGAGGCUCAGACAAAUGGUGUUGAAUGUCCCAAGCUCCUUGUGAUAUGCACAGUGAAACGUCACCACGUCCGAUUCCUUGCCAAAGACUCUAGAUCAGAUGUUUCCGAUAGGAACCAGAACGCAAAAUCUGGUACAGCAAUAUUCGGAGAUGUGACUCGUGGAGAUGGUCACGAUUUCUUCCUCAUGAGCCAGAACGUGAUCCAAGGUACUGGCCGACCGACUCACUACGUUGUCUUACGCAACGAGAUCCCCAACAUCUCAAUUGAAGAUAUCGCACAAGCAACCUACGAUCUCUGCUUCAUGUGGGCACGUGGUACUUCAGCUGUCGGUCUCGUCCCACCGUCCUACUAUGCUGAUCUGGCUGCGACUCGAGGUAGACACUACAUGCACUGGAUCUACAAUGGCUGGUCUGGUAGCCAGACUGUGUUUACUGGGUUCAGGGAAAAGCCUAAACCCGACCACGUGCUCAGAUCGAAGAUUGAGCCUCAUGCAGAUGUGCGGGAUCGCAUGCUCUACAUCUAA